GAAAAGCAUAUCAAAUAUUUUUGUUUUCCCUCAUCCCUCCAUUUUUUCUCGCGCAAUUGGGGACCAGUGAGAGAGAGAGAUCAGUCGAAACCCUUUGUCCUCCUCCAUUGCGCUCCUGUCUUCCUCCACCGUUGUGUUCGUCACGGGCGAGUGUGGCUAUGCUGAAACCUUCCUCUUCUUCUGUCCAUAUUGCAGCUUGAAGGAGGGAGGGCGAGAGCUCGACUUCUUCCUUUCUUCCUCCUCCUCCGUCCUUUUCGUUGGCCACCGGCGAUUAUGGUGCAACUAUCGUCGCUUAUAGAGACAAAGCUCGUGAUUUUUCUUUCUCUUCCCCUGUUUCACACUGUCAGCCGUGGCUAGUGUCGUCUUCGGUUUUGUUCUGCGUUGAUGCUGUUUUGUGUUGGAGGCUUCAAAUCCUUCCAUCCAUUACCUCCUUUGCUUCUUGUUAAGAACGAAUGGAGUGCAUCAAAAAAUCAGAAUAUUAGAAGGUCCUUUUUGUGGUAUUUUCCCAAAUAACUAUCACUCUGUUCGUCUUCACACACAGAGACUCCCAAAUCACUAGGCCUUAAUUGCGGGAUGGCAUCAGCAUCUUCCUCCUCCUCGACAUCCUCACUACUCCCCCCAAGUCCUUUCAUAAGCAUAUAGAAGUAGAGGUAACGCUUGUUUCUUAUUCAAAAAGCAGCAAGUUUGAUUGUUCGAAUUCAUGGAGUCUUACUAUGGAGUUCAGAAGUCGUGUGGGACUGUCAGUAUUAGCAAUCUUGGGCUUCGACUUUUAUGGCGCACUCUCCAUAUAUUUGUCAGCAUUUGGUAUUCCAUAUUAGCUCUGGGUAAUACAUGUGAAAGCUUCCUGAUCUCUUGGGGAGUAUUGAAAAGCUACGAAUUUUGUAAUUUGGGGAAGCUUCAGUACAUUGCAAUUGUGAUAGAAAGUGACGAUGCUCAUCAGACUUCAAAAGUUGUUGAGCUUUUGCAGUGGUUGGAUUCUAUUGGUGUGAAGAACGUAUGCCUCUAUGACAGGAUUGGAGUGCUCAAGAAAUCUAAGACAACGAUUUUGCAGAAAUUGAAGAUUGAGGAAGCUAAUGAAGCUGACGCACUCCAUGGUCCAAAUCAUAUGGCCAUAGAAUUUGUUUCGUAUGCAGAUGGGAAGGAAGGGAUGACAAAAGCAGCCAACUGGAUUUUUGCUCAAAAUUUGAAACGACAUAAUUUUGAUGGAGCACUUGAUGGUCAAAACUUGACAGAACCUCAAUUGGAUAAGGCUUUGGAUAUUGUUGGUUAUAGAGGCCAUGAACCUAACCUUUUGUUGGUUUAUGGACCUGUGAGGUGCCACCUUGGUUUUCCUGCAUGGAGAAUGAAGUACACGGAGAUUGUGCACAUGGGAUCAUUGAACUCCAUGAGAUACGGUUCCUUAGUGAAGGCCAUUUCUGGGUUCACAAGGGUGCAUCAAAACUACGGCAAAUGAGAAGUAUUUUGCUGGUUGUUACUUAGCAUAGGUAUUUACAAUCGUGAGGAAGACCCCUUCCUUCGGUAAAUUUUUAAGAUGUAACACGAUGAGAAAUAGAAUUGCCUUGUCAUAUUUCUUAUUUAAUUCUCAAGUUUGCUGAUACUAUGGCUUGACUUGUACUUUGCUCUCUCAAUUUAUGGAAUCAUAAAUUGUUUGCUCAGAGAAAAAAGUCUACCACUCCUUGCGUUUGCCAAUGCUUAUAUGAAUCAUUAUUAUAAAUUUAUUCAUUGGCCAAAAAGAAA